AGUGGACCAUAUUUUGUCACAACUCUCCACCAAGACCCAUCCAUCUUGGGUGGCCCUACACGGCAUGGCUUAGUUUUCAUUGAGUUAGACAAGGCUGUGGUCCAUGUGAUUAGAUUGGAGAUAAUCUUGAGAGGAGAUUCUCCACGUCCCCCACCUCCAAGGUAAGGAGCAAUGGCUGCACUUUGCUGGAGCAGCCAUGAAGAGACACCCCAUGUCCAAGUUAAGAGAUACCCCAGUAAGAUGGUAGGCACUGAGAGAGGGCAUCAGCGGGCAGACAGACUGAAAUCACAAUCACAGAAACUAACCAAUCUAAUCACUGACACUUUAGAUAACAGCAAUUCUAAUUCUAUGAAGUGCAAACAGAAUUAACCAACUCUUCAGCUCUCUUCCUCAAGGAUCCCUCCAGAUAUUUGGAUGUUUGACAGCUGUCCCAAUAGACUCUUCCCUGAACAUUGCAAGAGGUGUCUCAGUGUUGAACAGGAAAAAAUGGACAGUGAACGCCCCCUAUCUGCUAAGAGAAAACUAUCAUAGCAAUGUCAUGUAUUAAUAUCUCCCUGGAGGUGCUCUGAGUUCACUCAUGAAUAGGGAGAAAGAGUUUAAAGAGUUCUCACAUAAGGUCACAUUCAGCAGAGGUUCUGGGUGGGGACUGGGGCAGAGGUGACUCCUCAGCGUUCAGUCCAGCCCCAGAGAAAUGGUUAGCAGAGAGGUAGGAGGAGAUCAAGGGAAUGGGCAGGCACAGCCUUGCUUUGGGUCUUGGAUGAAUAACAAGAAAGUGAACUAGAAUGCUCCCCAGGGGAAGCAGUAGGUCAGAGGAGUUUUUCCAAGAUAAGGGGGAGUGAUCUUUCUUUGGGUGAAACCAGAGGUGAUGAAACAUGGGCAUAGAUUUAUCUUGUAAUGAUUAAUGUUCAGAGGGCUCAGCGCCUUCCAAUGACAUGCCAUUUUGCUUAAGUGACUUGAUGAUAAGGUAAAGAUAUGGGAACAAAUAUAGAUGGCACAGCCCCACCAGUGACGGAGCACCUUCUGGUUUGUGCGGAGAUGGCCCUGGGACUGCAGCUUCGGCGGCAGGUGCUGGCUGGACUCCUGCUCUGUCUGUGCGUCGGGCGAUGGGCCAAGGCUGGGAAGGUGCUGGUGGUCCCCAUGGAGGGCAGCCACUGGCUCAGCAUGCGGGAGGCUGUGCGGGAGCUCCACGCCAGAGGUCACCAAGCAGUGGUCCUGUCUCCGGAGGUCAACGUUCACAUCAAGGCAGAGGACUUUUUCACCAUGAAAACCUAUGCCAUUCCGUACACCCAGGAUGAUUUUGAUUACUUCCUGAUGGGCAGUUUUAAUAUGUUUUUUGAAACAGUGCAUUUUCUAACACUGUUUUGGAAAACUAUGACAGCUACGAAGAAUCUGUCUUUGGCCUUUGCAAGGUCUUGUGAGGCACUGUUGUAUAACAAGGACCUGAUCAGAGACCUGAAUGCCAGUUCCUUUGAUGUGGUUUUAACGGACCCUGUUUACCCCUGCGGGGCAGUGCUGGCUAAGUACCUGUCCAUUCCUGCUGUGUUUUCCUUGCGUUUCCUUCCCUGUGACUUAGAUGUUGAGGGCACAGCAUGCCCAAACCCUUUCUCUUAUGUUCCUAAGUUGUUAACAAGGAAUUGAGACCACAUGACAUUCUUCCAAAGGGUCAAGAACUUGCUCUACCCUCUAAGCCUGAAGUACCUUUGCCAUUUUUCUUUCACUCCUUAUGCACGUAUGGCCUCUGAGCUUCUUCAGAGAGAGGUGUCACUGGGGGCGAUUUUUGGCUCUGCAUCUGUGUGGCUGUUCAGAGGAGACUUUGUGAUGGACUACCCUCGGCCGAUCAUGCCCAACAUGGUGUUCAUUGGGGGUUUCAACUGUGGAAACAGGAAACCAUUA